CCGUCUGAGCUCCAGAUGUCCCCUCACUCCACGUUGUGUUGUGUCUUUCUCUCAGCUCCGGUCUCUCUGACUCUGGAUCCCGACACAGCGAACCCGUACCUCAUCCUAUCUGAGGACCUGACCAGUGUGAGGACCGGAGACACACGGCAGCGGCUCCCGGACGGUCCCAAGAGGUUUAGUGAAUAUCUCAUAGUCCUGGGGUCUGAGGGAUUCACAUCGGGGAGACAUUACUGGGAGGUGCAGUUGGGCAACAAGACAGAGUGGGAUGUGGGAUUGGCCCGAGAGUCCGUAAACAGGAAAGGAGGGACCACACCGUCACCAGUGGAUGGAUUCUGGGUUUUGUGGCUGAGAAACGGGGAUGAAUAUGAAGCUCUGACCUCUCCCUCCACUCUCCUGUCCCUGAGGGACAGACCCGGGAAGGUGGGAGUGUUCCUGGACUAUGAGGGGGGAGAGGUGACCUUUUACAACGCCGACAACAUGUCCCAUCUCCACACUUUCACCCACACUUUCACUGAGAAGCUUUAUCCUUACUUCUGUCCCUGUGAUAACGACGGCGGCAAAAACGGUGACCCUCUGAGGAUCUGUCGGGUGACGGAUUGAUGAGGAGGGAACCCUCAGCCGUGACCUGUGUUUGGCGGUGAUGGCCACGAGGCUGAACCUUCAUAGUCUGUGUCGCUGUACAAUAAAGAUUGUGGUUUAUGUCACACA